AUGUUCGCUUCUGAGACUUUCACUUGUAGACACGGUGUAAUCAACCUUGACAAGCCUUCCAACCCAUCCUCUCACGAGGUUGUUGCAUGGGUCAAGAGGGCAUUGAACGUAGAAAAAACUGGUCAUAGUGGUACACUGGAUCCAAAAGUCACAGGCAUGUUUGUCUUUUUUAUGACCACUCAUCUCCUAGGUUGUCUGAUCGUUUGCAUCGACAGGGCCACGAGAUUAGUUAAAUCCCAGCAAAAUGCUGGGAAGGUUUAUAUUGCUGUUUUCCGUCUGCAUGAAUGCAUCUCGGACUAUAAACGCGUCCAGCAGGUAAUGGCCACUCAACCUUAUUUCCUUCCCAGACCGUGGAAAAGUUGCGAGGCGCGCUCUUUCAACGCCCUCCUCUCAUUGCUGCUGUAAAGAGGCAACUCCGUAUCCGAACAAUCUACGAGAGCAAACUUCUGGAAUAUGAUGCGGAGAGGGGGCUUGGAGUCGUCAGACUAGAUUGUGAAGCCGGAACAUAUGUUCGCACUCAUUGCGUUCACCUCGGUCUUAUGUUGGGCUGUGGUGGUGUAAUGGAAGAGCUAAGGCGAAUCCGCUCGGGAAUCCUAACGGAAGAGGACAACCUCGUAACCAUGCACGAUGUUCUUGAUGCGAAAUGGCUUCACGAAAACAGAAACGACGAAAAGUAUCUAAGAAGGGUGAUUAUGCCGCUGGAAAAGUUGCUGAUAGGGCACAAGAGAAUAAUGGUGAAGGACUCGACUGUAAGCUUUAUUUGAUCCCUUGACGCUCCUCGCCCGUAGGUUAGUGCACUGUGCUUCGGCGCCAAGUUAAUGCUACCGGGGGUCCUGCGUUACGACAACGGUAUCAACGUGAAUGACGAGAUCGUCCUGAUGACUACCAAGGGAGAAGCUAUUGCUCUUGGUACGCUUUCUUUAGCUACGCGCUCCCCAGUCCGCCACCAAGCAUUCUCUAAUAGUUCCUUUUUCUAGCAAUCGCCCAGAUGACGACUGCUACCAUAGCAACCUGCGAUCAUGGUCUCGUCGCGAAAUUAAAGCGUGUUAUCAUGGAUCGCGACCUUUACCCACGUCAGUGGGGUCUUGGUCCCGUGGCCACGGAGCGCAAAAAGAUGAUCGCCCAGGGUCUUUUGAGCAAAUUCGGCAAGCCUAUUACCAACGCCACUGAGGCUGCUGCGCCUUCCGCUUCAGACAAAGCACCGGAAUCGGCUCAAAAAAAGUAAAUGUCCUUCGCGAUGUUAAUUCUCUUCACGCAGACCUAAGCAGUUGAACGUCGCGGCCGAGACGGAUGAUUCGGACUCCGAUGAACCACCACCGUACGUCCCCCGCUGAUUGAUUUUCUCCACUUUAUGCUCUGGGUUCUCUUUCCCUGCAUCCGAGAAAUGCCGACUGCAUUCUCUACUCAACCCUGCAAGGCACACUGCCAACUUUAAACCGGAACUCGACUUUGCCGAGAACUGCCUGACAGUUUGAGUGCCGUUCACUGCGUACUGUGGACAGCGUACCGCUCGCUAAUUAAUGGUACGGAACUCCACUCCAGGAAGUCUUAAUUAAAAAGUAAAGUUGGCGGUGUUCUCUCUGCAAGUUUGGUCCGACCGCCGACAUCGGCAAAGUUCGAACCCCCUUUCAUUGGCCAGUUCCCUCUAACAGGGUACUGGGGCCCUCGCUUAAAUUCAGGGUUUUCCUGUUACUGAUUGCCCCUUGGCGAUUCACCAAGUCGAAGUCUGGCACGUUGUGUACGGAUAACUCAUUUCUUGCCUGUAGCAAAUUUACUCGCUGCCGCUGGCAUCAUCCGAUAGGUCUUAGUCGACUUAAACGUUUUCUCUUAAAUUUAGACAAAAGAAGAAACCCCCUCCACCGUCGUCCAGCUCUAGCGACGACUCCGAUGAUGAUUGAGUUACGGUAAGCGCAUCUUAACUUUUACAAUACGUAUCCGCUCUAGCAAUGUUUGUACGUCCGACUUCUGCUUUUUAGGUUGA